CAUGAUCCACGGUGAAAUCUACUAGGAUGUUGGCUCUGCGAGUGGGGGGUGCCAUCAGACUUGCCCCUCACUGGAUUCCCAGAAAUUACAUGAGUACCUGGCACAUAGUACAAGGAAAUGCUAGAUCUGGUGAUCUCACCCAGCCUCACUGUAAACAGCGAUUGUCCGGGUAAACUGAAGCUUAGCCGCACCGACGCCGAUGUCUGGACUCUGAGUGACAUAGAAGGUGUCACCGCAUCGGCCCCUCCGAGCGUGUCUCCGCUCUUCGCAAGAUCUUGUCCACGUGUCCUGCACAGCCAGCCUCCCACGGCCAUGGCAGCCUACGGCCAGACACAGUACAGUGCAGGGGUCCAGCCAGCUGCCCCUUAUACCACUUACCCACCUCCGGCACAAGCCUAUGGAAUCCCUUCUUACAGUAUCAAGACAGAAGACAGCUUGAACCAUUCCCCCAGCCAGAGUGGAUUCCUCAGCUACGGCUCCAGCUUCAGCACCCCACCCACUGGACAGAGCCCGUACACCUACCAGAUGCACGGCACAGCGGGGAUCUAUCAAGGAGCAAACGGGCUGACCAACGCGGCUGGAUUCGGAAGUGUGCACCAGGACUAUCCUUCCUACCCUGGCUUCCAUCAGGGCCAGUAUCCCCAGUAUUACAGCUCAUCCUACGGCCCUCCUUAUGUCCCGGCCAGCAGCAUCGGCCCUUCCCCACUCUCCACGUCUACCUACGUCCUCCAGGAGGCACCGCACAGCGCCCCCAGCCAGAGUUCCGAGUUGCUUGGCGGCGAAUACAACACACACAACGGACCUUCCACGCCGGCAAAGGAGGGAGACGCCGACAGGCCGCACCGGGCCUCCGACGGGAAGCUCCGAGGCCGGUCGAAGCGGAGCAGCGACCCCUCCCCAGCGGGGGACAGUGAGAUCGAGCGUGUGUUCGUGUGGGAUUUGGAUGAAACGAUAAUUAUUUUUCACUCCUUACUCACCGGGACUUUUGCAUCCAGAUACGGGAAGGACACCACGACGUCUGUGCGCAUCGGCCUGAUGAUGGAAGAAAUGAUCUUCAACCUUGCAGAUACCCACCUGUUCUUCAACGACCUGGAGGAUUGCGACCAGAUCCACGUUGACGACGUCUCAUCCGAUGACAACGGGCAAGAUUUAAGCACGUACAACUUCUCCGCCGACGGCUUCCACAGCUCGGCCCCCGGAGCCAACCUGUGCCUGGGCUCCGGCGUCCACGGCGGCGUGGACUGGAUGAGGAAGCUGGCCUUCCGCUACCGGCGGGUGAAGGAGAUGUACAACACGUACAAGAACAACGUCGGUGGCUUGAUAGGAGCUCCCAAAAGAGAGACUUGGCUACAGCUCAGAGCCGAGCUGGAGGCUCUGACCGACCUCUGGCUGACCCACUCUCUAAAGGCGCUCAACCUCAUCAAUUCCCGGCCCAAUUGUGUCAACGUGCUGGUCACCACCACUCAACUAAUUCCUGCCCUGGCCAAAGUCCUGCUGUAUGGACUGGGCUCCGUGUUUCCUAUUGAGAACAUCUACAGUGCAACCAAGACAGGGAAGGAGAGCUGUUUCGAGAGGAUAAUGCAGAGAUUCGGCAGAAAAGCCGUCUACAUCGUGAUCGGUGACGGCGUCGAAGAGGAGCAGGGGGCAAAAAAGCACAACAUGCCCUUCUGGCGGAUAUCCUGCCACGCCGACCUGGAGGCGCUGCGGCACGCCCUGGAGCUGGAGUAUCUAUAGCAGGACCCCCGGCCUCGCCACCUGCCACCCCGGGUGCCUCCCACCCACCCGGGGCCCUCGCCUCCCCCGCCUCCUCGCCAGAUGCCGGACCCCGGGCGCGGGCCCCGCGGCCGAGGGGACGUGCCUGGCGACCGUCUCAGAAGCCGUCCUCGCAGUCCACGUGGGUCCUGAGACGCAGAGCGCCCGGCAGGGGCUUGGGGAUAUUUAACUUUGGAGGAAAGGGCUGGCUGGGAGUCUGGGCUUCUCCACAAGACUCAACGGAACAAAAGCGACUUAUUGCUGAUUUGGGGGCGGGCUGGCGGUGAGGAGGGGGACGGGCUUGGGUUCUACUUUUCCUUUUUAAUUUAUGGACUGAUCUCACUACUCCGGUAUUACGCUCUCGUGCCUGUGUUGUCGGUUUUCUUAGUCGUUGGCUGGGCUUGGUUUUCUAAACUGGCAUGCGGAGCCGUGCAGCUCUAACUGAAGCGCUCUCGGCUCCAAGUUGUGCUUUGGGGGGACAAUCAUUCCUUGAACAAUUGGUGAGGGAGGCGAUUCGGGGCUGAUGGGAAGACGGUUGCUUAUCUUUGUUUCUAAGGACCUAACCUGACGUCAUGUGGACAGUGCACGUGCCUUAUGCUGCCAUCUUGUUUUCUAGGGGGAGGGGACCCUGGGGAGGCGGCGGUACUUUG